CUCUUUAACCCCGCACAACCACCACCUUUCCAACCCACUUUCUCAUCCACCUCCCUCCUCUUAAAAAGUGUCACAUUCUGCAAUUCAACUCUCCCUUCAAACAAUCCUCCCCCGUGGAAUCCUCUGUACAUAUACACACACACACACGCAACAAUGGCAACUGAACUCCCCGUCCUCGGCGCCACUGCCACCAACGCCGCCAAUGGCUCCACCACCGACUCCUUCAUCGUAAAGACCGGCCUGGCCCGUAUGUUGCAGGGCGGCGUCAUCAUGGACGUCGUCGACGCAGCCCAAGCCCGCAUCGCCGAGGAGGCCGGCGCCUGCGCCGUCAUGGCGCUCGAGCGUGUCCCCGCUGAUAUCCGCGUCGAGGGCGGCGUGGCCCGCAUGUCGGACCCGAAGAUGAUCAAGGAGAUCAUGGCUGCUGUCACCAUCCCCGUCAUGGCCAAGGCGCGCAUCGGUCACUUUGUUGAGUGCCAGAUCCUCGAAGCCAUCGGCGUCGACUACAUCGACGAGUCCGAAGUCCUCACCCCCGCCGACCACGCACACCACGUCGAGAAGCACCCCUUCACCGUCCCCUUCGUGUGCGGAUGCCGCAACCUCGGCGAAGCCCUCCGCCGCAUCAGCGAAGGCGCCGCCAUGAUCCGCACCAAGGGCGAGGCAGGCACCGGCGACGUCGUCGAGGCCGUCCGCCACAUGCGCACCGUCAACGCCGAGAUCGCGCACGCCUCGCGCAUGUCCGAUACCGAGCUGCGCGUCCUGGCUAAGGAGAUCGCGGCGCCGUUUGAGCUGCUCAAGGAGACGGCCAAGUUGGGACGUCUGCCGGUUGUGAAUUUCGCGGCGGGAGGUGUCGCGACGCCGGCGGAUGCGGCGCUGAUGAUGCAGUUGGGCUGUGAUGGUGUGUUUGUGGGUUCGGGCAUCUUCAAGUCGGGGGAUGCGGCGAAGAGGGCGAAGGCUAUUGUGCAGGCCGUUACGCACUUUAGGGAUGCUAAGGUGUUGGCGGAGAUCAGUGAGGAUUUGGGUGAGGCGAUGGUGGGGAUUAAUGUUGAUAAGAUGCCCGAGAGCGAGAAGAUGGCUGGAAGGGGGUGGUAAAGAAGUUAUAGUUGCCAGAUCCUUGCAUUUUCAGAAAUAGAAGCGUUGAGCGACUAUAAUGUUUGAAUAGAAUAGGUCGUAUAUACUCAACGAGCUGGCUGCCUGGGUUCAUGUUUCUCUCUGUGCCUGGUUGAAGAUGUAAUAACAGAUGGUCGUCUGCGUUGAGGC